UGUGUGUGUGUGUGGGUUUGUGUGUGUGUGUGGCGGCGCAGGGAGCGUCUGUGAAGUGUGUCACUGGCCGCACAGAUAAAACAGCCCUGCCCGUCCAACAAACUUAGCAUUAUAUCACAACACAGCAGCAUGUCCGAGGAUUCCUCAGCAGCUGUGUAGCAUCAGUCCGACAAAACAACACACACACACACACUCACAUACUGUGCGAAGGAGCUGAGCGCUGAGCGUACGAACAUGUGGCUGCCCCUGGUUGGAAUGACCGCCCUGCCACACUUGGGAGGGCUCUAUGGCGGUUACAUCACACGCAGAGAGGUGAAGACCUGGUACAAAACCCUGCAGAAACCAUCAUGGCGCCCACCGAAUGCUGCAUUCCCUGUGAUAUGGACCUGUCUGUAUACAGGCAUGGGGUAUGGCUCCUACCUGGUGUGGAAAGAGCUGGGAGGUUUUACUGAGGAUGCACUAGUUCCACUGGGACUUUAUGGGCUGCAGCUGGCUUUGAACUGGGCCUGGACUCCUAUUUUCUUUGGUGCACACAAGCUGAAAUUGGCACUCAUUGAGAUUGUGCUGCUUACUGGGACUGUUGGAGCCACCAUGGCAUCUUGGUAUCCCAUCAGCCGCACUGCCACUCUGCUAAUGGCACCCUACCUGGGCUGGCUGUGCAUCGCCACCUCUCUCAACUACUGCAUAUGGAGAGACAACCCUGAGAAAAAAGAAGAGUAGGAGGGAAAAAAACCUGACAUUGUGAAUCAUUUGAAUUUGAAUGUCCUGCUGAUAUCUCUGAGGAUCGAUGUUUAACUACCAGCUUAACUAUCUGCAAAUAUGUUGUCUAAUGUGGAAAAAAAAAAUUUGUAAAAAAGGUAACUGAGAAAUGACAUAAGUCCUUAUUAAUCCCCAGCUGGGGAAAUUCGAAGAAAUAGUCAGUUUGUCCAGCAGACAUUUGUUUACAGUUAUCUGCAGCGACUGAUGUGGCAGCAUGUUAAAGCUGAGCAGGUGUGUUACUCUGUCUGAUCAGGAUGAGUUGAAUGUCUUACUGUCAAUCAACCUGCUCUGAUUUGUUAACCAAAUGGAAAAGAUCACCAAUAAAAAAGUGCAUUUGUUCCAGUGUAUCAUCAGCCAGUGUGUUUUUCAAAUAAAGUGUGAAAUCAU